AUGCUCGAGCUCUGGAACGGCAUCGGCAACGACUCCAUCUACGGCGAGGCCUUCGAGGACGAGAGCUUUGAGUUCAAGCACAACGAAAAGUACCUCCUCUCGGAUGGCGGGCCCUCCUCCUUCAUUCGUCCAAUCUCACACCCGCCGUCAUUGACUCAUUCAGGUACUUGCUCUCGAUGGCGGGCGCGCGCGCACGUGCCGCACCGUAACGGCUCGCAGUUCUUCAUCACCACAAAGGCAACGACGCAGAGCCUCGGCGGCGCCACAAUCAGCCACUUCGACUACCGCCACGUCGUCUUCGGCCGCGUCGCGUCGCGGCACGGGGUGGCGGUCGUCGACAAGAUCCAGAAGCUGCCGGCAGACACGAAGCACGGCCACCGCCUCUUUGACGCCGUGGUGGACGAUUAG